AUGAGUGUUCAACAAAUCAUUGCACAGCUAAACAACAACGAGAGAAUAAAACCGCCAUCGCCUACUCCAUCACCGACAGCUACUAUUAUAAAAGGAUGUCAUGCUCAAAAAGAAACCAAUAAUUUCAAUUCACUACUUGAUAAAUUCAGUCAACAACGACAAACAUCUCCUUCUCCUUCUGACCGUUCAUUUACAUCAUCUUUUAAAUCGGAGCCACCAAUAACAACAAGUGUGUUGAAGCCAUCUAUACCAGUGAUUCCAUCUCAAGCGACUUCCUUAAGGACGCCACGGCAGAAUCAGCGAUCAACAAGCAGUGAUAAUAAUACUCAAACUCUAUCCUCAUUCGACAAAGUGGCAGACGAGCUACUAAACUUGGUAGAGGAGCUAGUUGAACGUAAUACUGAAGCAGAACGAUAUAUAAAAACAUUACAGUCGAAAGUUGAAGAAUAUGCGUCAGAUGUAACAAAAGUACGGGAUUACCAGAUUCGUGUAGAGUAUUUAGCUACAAAAUUGGAACAGGUUUCCGAAGAAAGAGACUAUUACGAGAGUGAAUUAGUCAAGUAUCAGUCUUUAAAAGAGCAGCAGCAUAAAUGUGAUACAGCGAAGGAUAAUAUCAUUACUGGAGAAUCGGUAGAUAAUGUCAAGAAAAACUAUCAGCAUUAUAGUUUGAAUGAUUUUCUAGGUAUUUACGAGCAAUUGAAGUCGAACGAUACAGACGAUAACUACGGCGUUGAUAGUGACGAUAAUGCGAGUGACGAACUACAAUUAUUUGAAGAUGAAGCGCAAAAAUACUACCAAGAAAAAGACGUAGAAAAAGAGAAUAUCACAUCAGAGGAGCAGCAGCGGGAGGAAAUAAGCGUACUCAACGAUCAACUUCUGCAAUACGACAAAGGACUGCAAAUGACCCUAACAAACUACGUUACAGCUUUGGAAAAGCAACGUUUGGAAACAAAUUGUUUGAAAAAAGUCAUAAAAAAGCAGGACGAGUUGAUCACAAAAUUGGAGAAAAAGUUAGCAUCAACUUGUACAUCGGACGAACUAUUGAAGGAACAUGUUGAUUUACAGAAAAUUGAAUUAGAAAACAAAAGAGAGUUGCUAUCUCAACUGUUGAAUGAGCGAGAAGAGCUAUUACAGAAACUAAACAAACAGGAUGGUCAUGGCUUCUUAAUGAAAGACCCAACGCUGUCUACUCAAAUGGUUAGAGUGGUUACUCCGCCUUUAACAGCUCCACCAAAUCAACCACUGCCUCCUUUACCUCAUCACUGUCAAUCGUAG